AUGGAAUUGAUUAAGUUUGAACGUUGUUCUUCUCUUUUGAGAUUGGCGUUACCAACAACAAUCAAUAAACCAUUUACUGCAACUACAGGUCGUAAAUUCUGCUUAAACAAAAAUCGAUUAUCUGUUGCAAAAUCAAGCUCAAGGAGGUUAAUUCUCUGCUCUGCACUUCCCGCUCAAGAGAAGGACUCUGAUGUUGUUGUCAAAGAAAGAAGCGUUUCAGUUGUCUUACUUGCUGGAGGCAAGGGGAAGAGGAUGGGAGCUACCAUGCCAAAGCAGUAUCUUCCUCUGUUGGGUCAACCCAUUGCACUUUAUAGUUUCUUGACUUUUUCUCGCAUGCCUGAAGUCAAAGAAAUCGUUGUUGUUUGUGAUCCUUCCUACAGGGACAUUUUUGAAGAUGUGAAAGGAAAUUGCCAAGCAGAACUCAAAUUUGCACUGCCAGGAAAAGAAAGACAGGAUUCUGUUUACAAUGGAUUUCAGGUUAUUGAUUCUAACUCUGAGCUUGUUUGCGUCCAUGAUUCUGCAAGACCUUUAGUGCUACAAGGAGAUGUGAAUAAGGUCCUUAAAGAUGGAUUGUUGAAUGGAGCUGCUGUUCUCGGUGUUCCUUCGAAGGCCACAAUCAAAGAGGCAAACGCUGAUUCAUUUGUGGUUAGAACACUGGACAGAAAAACGCUAUGGGAGAUGCAGACCCCACAGGUUAUCAAACCCGAGUUGCUGAGGAAAGGCUUUGAGCUUGUAAAUAGAGAAGGUCUUGAAGUUACCGAUGAUGUGUCCAUUGUGGAGCACCUUAAACAGCCUGUUUAUAUCACUGAAGGAUCUUAUACCAACAUCAAGGUGACUACGCCUGAUGAUUUAUUACUGGCAGAGAGAAUAUUGAAUAUAAAUUCUGGGGAAAGUUCUUAA